GACUGGAAAAGUCACUAGUCAGUCAGGCAGGAAAGAAGUCAUUCAAUCAAGACGAGAUUCAAGUUUUUAACAUUGUUUGCAAAUACAAACAUUUUGCACUCAACAUCAUUACCAUACGAGUUAUUUCAAUUAGCAGUUAUUAUAACCUUAGAAGCUGCGUGUUCUGUUGAAGGUUUUCCUGUUGAUUAAUACAAAAUUAUUGUUGUUCAUAUUGAGGAAAAGAGUCUUGCUCAGUUCGGUUCGCAUCUCUGGUCGCGUGAUCAUCCCAAGUUCAAGGUUAAUAUUUGGAUCUUUAAACCAACCAUUACUGGCACAAGAUGGGGUACCUGAAGACUGACCAGUCAACUUAUAACCAAACCAGUUUAUACGACCGUGUCAAGAAACUGUUGGUAUCCUAUGAAUGGAGUGACUGCAGUUUCUCUGUGGGAGGACAAAAAUUCAAAGCUCAUAAAUUAAUCCUAGGCAUAAGUAGUCCUGUUUUUGAAGCUAUGUUUUAUGGCCCAUUAUCAUCUAAUGAUGACAUUCUGAUAACAGAUAUUCAACCUGAUAUUUUCCAACUUAUACUUAAUUAUAUUUAUACAGACACAGUUGAAAUUAGCACAAUUGACCAGGCCUUUGAAUUAUUAUAUGCCUCAAGAAAAUAUUUGUUAGAGCACCUAACUGAGAUCUGUAUUGCUCACAUUCAGGCAAACAUUAGUGUUGAUAAUGUAGUUGAAGUUUUAAAUUACCCAGACUAUAUGCAAGAUGCACAACUUAUAUCAUUCUCCCUUAAACUAUUCUGUCAACAUGCUAGCUAUUUACUGCAAGAAAAGAAAAGUUCAAUUACCUAUCCUUGUUUGAAAGCUUUUCUAGAAAGUGACCAAAUGAAUAUUUCAGAAAAGGAUCUUAUAAAGCAUGUAUUUGAGUGGUCCAGAUAUUGCUGCAAACAAAAUAACAUUCUGGACACUUUUGAAAACAGACGCGAUUUAAUGAAAAGUAAUGGUAUUUUUAAGUUAUUGAGGUUUCUUAUUCUAACUAUCAAUGAACUUGAGGAAAUAAUUACUGAUAUCAAUAAUCUCCUCUUACCAUAUGAAUAUGAAGCUUUAAAAAAAGUCAUUAAAAGUUCUAAUAUAAAUGAAGAAGAUGUAAUUUUAUCUAUUGGGUCUGUUAAUAUGCCAAGAAAUAUAUUAAAACUCCAAUGGCACCUUUGUUAUCGCAGUCCUAUAAGAUCUGUAGCUCCUAUUGUUAUUGACUCAAAUAAUUACGUCAUACAUUCUCGAAUAAAAGUUAACAAGUCUGUAUUUAUUAAUUCACUUUGCGUACCAACAAGAAUGGCUCCAGCUGUACAUUUCCGUAACAGCACAGCUAAGCUUUAUACUGAGCAGUUGUCUGUGUCUGUAAUGUGUGAAUCAGACAACAGUGAGUUUAAACUGACUAACUUUGUAAAAACAGUUGAGUAUGAUUCAAUGAUAGAUAUAGAACUUGCAGAGCCUUGUUUCAUAAAAAAAGAUGAAUGGUACAAAAUUAGCUUUAUGUGGCCUUGUAACAGGCCUCACACAUACUCAUAUGUUGUAGAGUUUAGACACAGACAUUUUACUGGUCACAAAGUGUCAAUCGAAUUUGAUGAUCUUUCCUUUAGUGCAGGCAGUAGUGGUAGUUUUCUUGGUGGUUUAAAAUUUUGUUUGUAAAGAUGACUAAUCCCAAACACUUUACAAUUCUUACCUCAUACAUGCUUAAAGAUAUUAGUUUAAAAAAUAUUUAUUAUUUAGGAAUGGUGAUAUUGUUCUAUGAAUUGUAUUAUAAAUAAUCAAUUAUAAGUGUAACGUAGAUAAGGUAUAUGAGGCAUAACAAAUAAUAUUAAAAAUAAACUGAUAUUAACUAAUGUUAUUAUGAUCAAUUGAAUAAAAUACAACCUCUUCUGUGAGGCUGCCUACAAAGUGUAA